AAAUGGAUACAUCAAAAAGUCCAAAGGUUUUAAUUGCUAAUGUUAACAGAUACGAUGAAUAUAACAUCGCACAGUUCUUGACACAAUCUUCAGUAGGAAAAUCCUCAAAAAAUGAAGAUGAAGAGGCUAUGGAGGAGGAAAACGAAGAGGAAUCGAAACCAUCAGGUGUUAUUCAGGGAUAUACAGUAUACGGCACUUUAGAUGAAGGGAUAAAACACACUCCAGAUUUCGUCAAUAUUAUAACGGUGGAUGAAAAACGUGAGAAUUUCAUCGAAAAAGUUAUGCAGUGUGACUACAUAAUCUACAACAUUAAAGAUGAUUAUAAGGCAAUUGAUGAUGCCUUAUGGAUAUUGGAAAAACUACACGAUAAUCUUGAUAAGUUUGCCGCACAAAAACAAUUUAUCCUCAUCUCAUCGGUGUUAACAUGGGCAAAAAGUUCACUACCAGAUCCAAAUGAUCCAGAGAUGCCGUUCACUGAUGAUGAUUACCUGAGAAGAAAGGCACAUUCUAAUUAUAAAGAGCACAUACUUGCUGAGAAGUCAGUAAUACAACAAGGGAAAACAAAUAAAUUGAAACUACUCACUUAUGUGGUGGCAUGUGGUGUAACAUACGGAGAGACUCAGAAUGUGUUCCAUCAUUUUUUCAAGGUAAUAUAG